AUGGUAUGGAUCCAUGGUGGUGCACUGGUUGCAGAAAUGGCUUCCGUGACUGAUGGAUCCAAACUGGCAGCUACUGAGAAUAUAGUAAUUGUUGCUAUCCAGUAUCGCUUGGGUGUUCUUGGCUUCUUCAGUUCCUGCCACUUCACAGCCAGAGGCAACUGGGGCUACUUGGACCAUGUGGCUGCUCUACAGUGGGUCCAGCAGAAUGUUGCCUACUUCAGAGGUAACCCUGGCCGGGUCACUAUUUUUGGAGUGUCAGCAGGAGGAACAAGUAUGUCUUCACUUGUUGUGUCCCCCAUGUCCAAAGGACUCUUCCAUGGAGCCAUUAUGCAGAGUGGAGUGGCCCUGCUGCCUGACCUAAUCUCUGAGAAGUCUGAGGUGGUCUACACAACAGUGGCCAAACUAUCAGGAUGUGAGGCCAAGGACUCAGAAGCCCUGGUACACUGUCUACAAGACAAGACUGAAGAAGAGAUUCUGGCUAUCAACCAGGUCUUCACUAUGAUCCCUGCUGUGGUGGAUGGGACGUUCCUACCUGGGUACCCUCUGGAUCUAUUGGCCUCUGUGGAUUUUCACCCUGUCCCCAGCAUCACUGGUGUAGACAGUGAUGAGUAUGGCUGGGGAGUCCCCUUGUUCAUGGGCCUUGAUCAUGUCAUAAAGAACAUAACCAGAGAGACCCUGCCAGCUUUUCUGAAGAGCAGAGCAGCACACAUGACUCCUGAAUGUGGUGAUCUGGUAAUGGAAGAAUACAUGGAGGACAAUGAGGAUCCCCAUACCCUCCAAGCACAGUUCAGGGACAUGAUGGAGGACUUCAUGUUUGCUAUCCCUACACUCCAAGUAGCAAAUUUUCAGUGUUCCCAUGCUCCUAUCUACUUCUAUGAGUUCCAGCACUAGACAAGCUACAUCAAGCCUGUCAGGCCAUCACACGUGAGGGCUGACCAUGGUGAUCACCUUCCCUUUGUCUUUGGCUCCUACCUUUGGGGCAAGAAACUUGAAUUCACUGAGGCGAAGCUGCUGAAUAGGAGGAUGAUGAAGUACUGGGUCAACUUUGCAAGACAUGGGAACCCCAACAGUGAAGGUCUACCAUACUGGCCUGAGAUGGUCCAUGAUGAGCAGUACCUGCAUCUGGACAUCCAGCCUACUGUGAGCAGAGCCCUGAAAGCCAGAAGGCUGCAGUUCUGGACAAAGACUCUGCCCCAGAAGAUCCAGGAGCUAAAGGGGGCUCAGGACAAGCACACAGAGCUUUAAUGCCCUGAGACAAGAAAGGUUGUGGGGUUGAGGGCAGAUGAGGACAUCCUGAGGUUACAAAAUACAUAUAUUUAUCUUUGCUUAUUCCAGCAUUCACAUAAUUAUUUUUAACCUCAGGAUUUAGCUUUCAAUCGUGUAUUGCCAACCCUGUGUGUUACUCCUUAUCCUUCUGGACACAUUUUAUAAAAAUCAAUAAACACUCUCCUACAUUUUUGGAUGUGUGAGC